AUGUCCGAAGCUCCCCCCGCGUACGGUGCUCCACCCCCCGCCGCGGGCCUUCGAAUCCCUCUCACGACGGUCUCGGCAUUCCCUUCGCCGGAUCUCGUAGGCGCUGCACCGUUCCAUGAUCUCGAUGGUUCGGGUGUGUGGGUCGCGAGUGCGUUGAUGGAGAACCAAUCCGUUCAUCCGGCCAAGGUGGUUAGGGAUGGGAGGGUGAUGGUAUCUUAUGGUGGUGCGUAGACGAUCGCUCUCUGCUUUAAUUAGCCUCCGCGUUCGAGUGGCGGUGCAGACCAUGUGGGGCGAAAGAGGGAGGCUGACGUGACGCUCGAUCUCGAUCAUUCACCUCGCUCGUACGACCCGAUCAUCCUGUUCAUGACCGUGAUGGACAUAUUCACAUAGGAGCUGAGAUUGCUCAUCAGGUCAGUACAGCAUCCCGCCUCUGAGUCCGUGUCGUACCGCAGAAAACGGGCUGACGCGUACCACGUGAAACUCGAACGUACGCCCAUGCUACCCAGGGGCGCUACGAUGUGCUGCCCAUCACGAACCAGAUGGAAUGGGUUCCUGCUGCGCAUGGUCAAGUGAGUACAAUGGUGUCGGAGGAACUGAAUGGCCGGCAUAGUCUGACGUGUGGUCUGACGUGUGGUCUGACGUGUGGUCUGACGUGUGGUCUCACCCGUUCGCCUCGUCGCACGCCUCAGGUUCCAAAGGGUCGACGAGUCGUUGAAGGCGUGAGCUUGCCGUCCGAUUCACAGCACACGGUCAAUGUCCUCUGACUCCGAUGCGCGGGCUUGCGUGAGGUCACUCACAGGGUUUCGAAGAGGACGGGAACCACCUCCACCACGCCGUUACGACGAUCCAGGGCGUACAGGUGCCCGGAAAAGCUGGUGCUCAUCUGGUACGGGUUUUCCGCCGCUCUUUCGGCAAUAUAAGAGAACUGACCGGAUUUCGUCCUGCUUUUACUGUCUCAAGAAAGGUGCCAAUUUCCCUUUCGGAGGUGGUGAACACGUCGUGCAGGAUGGCUACCAGUUGCUCUGCUGGAGGUGA